ACUCCUGUCAUCUGUCAAACCCCGUUCAAAUUCACCCGAACCGUUUAAAACUGGUCGUUUUUCAUCACAUUCAAACACCACGAUGGCCCUCUUCGUCAAACAGCUCGAACACAAACUCCACGACAAUCUCUACACCAACAUAAAACUGCUCACCCACUUUUACCCCACAACGAAAAGCUUCGACGAGGUCUUCAAAAAGAACAUGUUCGUUAAGAGCAACAAAGCCGCUUUCCAGCACGUCGUAUACUACCUUUUCACAAUAUUGAGCCCCGAACUAACCAAAGAAAAAAUCACUUGGCCCCUGUAUGACGUGAAGCUUGAAAGUGCGUUUAGAACCGAAGUCAUAGCGUUUAUUAACCACAUUAACGCGGAAUAUCCGCACGCUAACAUCCCGAAUUUGAUGGCGUCGCAUUUGAUGUCGCCUGGGGGCUACAAGUUUGCCAAAUUUAUGUUGAAGUUGUCGAAGCUGGUGAUGUAUGAACAUUUGAGGAAGAAUGAGGGGGUGGAAGAGAUGUUGGGGCCGGUUAGGCCACAUAAAAAUUCAAGUGUUACUAAUAUCGUUACUAGGAAUGUUAAAGCAAGGACUUUGCUUGUGGAGAAAGAAGUGGAGAAAAUUAUGGAUGGGUUUCACGCUACUUGUGAAAAAGCGGCUCGAGAUGCGGAAGAUUUGGUUAAGGAGCAGGACAAAGUAGAGGCGGAGUUGCGUACUGUUAGUAAGCGUCUCAAAGAAAAAAAGAAGCAAAUGGUGGAUCGUUCGAUGGUUGAGGGAUUAGUGACUUCUGUGGAAAUAAAUGAUGAAAUGGCUGCAUUGGAGCGGAUGAAGAAAUUAUCAGAGAAGUGCGCUGAACUGCUGGUGUUUUUGUCUAGUGAUAAGCCAGUUCUUGAGUUUAAGAAAGAUGAUUUGAUGAUGCUUGACAGUGUUAAUAAGACUACUAGUGAUGAAAUAAGUCUGCACCACUUAUUUAAUAGUUUGAAUGUUACUGUAGCAAAUAAGAGUUUAGAUAUGCCUAUUUUUAGUGUAAAAGAGCUGGAUGAUAUGGAUAAGUUAAUUGAUGAUUUGAGUGAAAAGUACUUACAGUUUAAUCAUAAAAUUUCUACUACUAAAAAUGAGUUGGUGGAAUUGUCAGAAAAUUUUUCUCCUCAUGUUGAUGAUGUAGUAAGGUCAAGAAAAUUGCCUAUGAUUGUUUUAACAAGUACAGAUAAUGUAUAGUCUUUAUGGGGAUUGUAUAAUUUUGUAUAUU